AUGUACUUGGCCUACGAACUCGAGGCCAGGGGCUGCCAGGGACGUGAACUGUCGGCCAAACUGGCUGGUUUUCGCAGACUGCGAGAGGGCGAGGAGCUACCGCGAACACUGGAGCUGGUCCGGGAGCGCUUAUCCAGCGCCAGCUAUGACAUGCUGCUCGGCGACCUUGCCGUGGUCCGACGGACCAUGGAUACUCGGCUGCCAAGGAAUGAUGGCAUAUGGAUACAGAACCUGGGACAGUUCACUCACACUGCCCUUCCGCCAAUGGAACGUUGCAUGCAGCGCAUACAACUGCUCAUCUGCCAAAGCUUUCCGCUUCAACUGCAGUUCGUCAGAGCGAGAGAGUUUGCGCAAGAGGUUGUCCAUUUGGCUUCAGGCGGGUUUUACAGGGACUUUCUUGGACGUACUUGGCCCUUCCUCACAGCCGCCAGCCGCAGACGCUUUGUUCGAUGGUUCUGGAGAGCAGGCAACCUCAUGCCAGCCCCCCUCUGGAGCUCUGCAGCUGUUGAUGAGCCUGAUCGGGCAAUGCCACAAGCAUCAGGGGCCGGCAGCUCUACUGACCGCCCAAUUUUCAGACGACUGGCUGCCCAUGACGAGCCGAUCGACGUGGAGGCUGGACACACUACCGGGACUUGUGUCUCCGACAGUAACGGGAGUGAUUUUCUCACGACGGGCACACCCGUGGACAGGGCAGUACCGACGCCGGCGCUGUCCCGUGAACUGGCGCCAACAGCGCGCCAAGCAGGCAUUGCAGAGCCGGCUGCUGGACUCUAG